AGCCUCCUCCCGGACUCACCUCUGUCGCACGACCCCAACGCAAAAACGUCGGCGCUUAUAUUCGGGCAAUUACGGGCUCUUCUCGUGUGCGCCGCGGCGCAUGCUUAGUUUCCGGGUCACAUGAUGCCUGUCAUGGCCGCCUCUGUGGCCUGGGGAGGCGUGAAUGCUGGGUUCCUGCGGCGGGCGGCCAGGGGUGCCUGGUGGUGCCGACCCGGGGGCUUUUGGGGGUCCGGGGAGGCGGCGGCGCCUGCGGUAACCAAGAAAUUCCGGGCGACAGGCUCGCGCCCGGCGGGGGAGGAAGAAGCCGGCGGCCCCGAGCGGCCCGGCGACGUGGUGAACGUGGUGUUCGUAGACCGGUCAGGCCAACGGAUUCCGCCACACUGGCUUUCUUGCUCUUCUUCAAACAGCCCAGUUCAUGGCUGCCUCAAGGCCUUUGCAUUUGCCAUUCCAUCAGAAGUGCUUUCCCACCCGAUCUUCUGGCUCCUUCUCAUCCUUCAGGUCCCGAUAAUCAGAUCAGAAACCCUGUUUGCCUUGUUCACACUUAUCUGUUGCCUGUCAUGGUAUUUAGAUGUAACAGGUAUUAAAUCAGUAUUUGUUAAAGGAAAUACAGUAAUAGCAGACAUUACUUUAAGCCUGUUAACACAUAUUAACUGAUUGAAUCUAUUCCAUGAAAACUUUAUGCAGUAGGGGAGAAUAUUAUCCUAUCUUAUAGGUGAGGAAACUGAGCCCCAGGUUGAGCAGACCUGGUCCAAGUUCAAGUAAGUGGCAAAACUAGAUUCAAGCAAACCCAGCCUAUUUUAGCCACUAAUCUGUGCUGCUCUCUAUGAAUAUUGAACACUUACUGUGUGCCAGAUAGCAAUGUAAAAAACAGAUAAGGCCCGUGUCAUGUCACACCAAUUUCAACCUAAUAGGGACAGUAAUCCCAUGCAUAAACAUGUGAUUAUAUCAUGAGCAACUGGGAAGAGCAGUCUUUUAAAGAGUGUACAGGGUUAUCUGUUGGGUGUAUGUAAUAGGGAGCUGAUGCAAUCAUUAGACGGGGAGAGUUGUAGGAAUGUGGGGGGGGGGCGUGGCGGUCAUAGCAAACCUACCUCAAGUUCUGUUCUGGAAUCCAGUGAUUGGCAGUUCAUGACAGAGAUUAGAACAUGAGUUUUCAAGGCAAGUGGCCUGUGUUCAGAUUUUGCUGUUGCCAACUGUGUGACCCUGAGCAAUGUCCUUAGCAUCUCUCGGCCUCAUCUAUACAAUGGGAUAAUGGAGUUCCUAUCUCACCAGGUUGCUGUGAGGAUGAAACAGAUCUCAUGUGUAGUGUGUCGUACCUGGCAUGUAGUUGGUGUGCAGUGAGUAGUUGGGACGAUUACAUUAGAUAAUCUCUGUCUCAUGGGCUAAGGACGCUAAAGAGUUGGGAAAGAGGGCUGAGGAAGAGAUGCCUGGGAACUACUGGCAGUUUCGAGGCCCAGACAGUUUCUUCCCCAGAGACUGGAUGGGUGGGCAAAUUAGUCACCGUAGCCCACAGGGACGGUCUGCUGGUUCAGGAGGCUGCCUUGCAGCACCACCCUUACUGUCCGACAUGUCUGGAAGAGAAAAGAGAAUUCUGUCCCGCUCGCUUAUAACAAGUAUCUCUUGUGCAUCUACAACCUGCUGGGCUCAGUGCUGAGUACAGAGAGAAGAGGGCAGGUUGACAGAGCACAGGUAAACCCAGAAAUGAUGAUGGUAAUUUCACACUGUGAUAAAUACUGUCCAGAAAUUAUUAAAGAGAUAACAAGGGUCAGGGGAAGGACAAGAAAUGGGGCACUUGGAGGACAGUUGAGUCCCCAAAGACAACAAGGACGUAGCCAUGGAAAGAGUGGAGAGAAGAGCAUUCCAGAUCAAGGAGUGUGGAAGAUGCAGAGGUCCUGUGGUGGGGAUAAGCUUGGCAUGGAGGAGUUGAGUGAGGGGGCCGGUGUGGCUGAAGUGGGUGAGUGCGGGGGUGGGAGCAUCUCAAGGACUGAGUGGAGGAGUUUGGAUUUUAUUCUAGCUAUAAAAACCCUUUGGAAGGCUUUAGGCCAGGAGGAGCAUUAUUUCAGAGCACAGUUCCCAGUGAUCAAUCAGAAGGUUGGGAAUGUGUCCAGGGGCAAGCAGGAAAUCCCAGACUCUCCCAUCUUCCAACCCUUAUUCCCUAGCCCCUUCCCCUGCUGCAGCAUUAGAUGCUGAGUGAGCUGGUCCCUCCUUCAGCAGCAGCAGGGAAGCCCAGCACAGUGGCAGGGUCGCAGCAAAGGCCCACAGGCUACAGGAAACCUGCCUGGCCUGUCCCCUCUCAGCUACACUGAAGUCAGGUCCACGCUCAUUAACGGUUCCAGGUAUCCAGCCUGGUCCUCAGCCUGCUGGGGAGUUUGGGGGAAACCCCGGACGUCCUUUUGCAAAAACUAUGUGCAGGUCGGGAACAGCCAGCUAAGUCAAUGACAGGGUGGAGGGUGCCCACGGUGGGCGUGCAGGCCCGGGAGGGAGAAAUGAGGGUUGAGUGGUGAAACGAAGGGAUUCUUGGGAAUUCCCUGGUGGUCCAGCGGUUACGACUUGGCUCUCACUGCCGUGGAUCUGGGUUUGAUCCCUGGUCGGGGAAAUGAGAUCCCCAAGCCAUGUGGUGUGGCCAAAUAAUAAUAAUAAUAAUAAAGAAACAAAGGAAUUCUCCUUUAUGUCCUUCACUGAAUGGCACCUGCCUGACCACUCCCCUUACCAAUGCUCCUUCACUUGC